AUUUUGUGAACUAUUAUUUUGUCCUCACUCCUUCAACUCCAUUGAAGCAGCUCGGUUAUUAGCUCAAGCUCCGUUUUUUCACUCUCAAUUUAUUUAUGAACCCACUUUUCUUCUUCUUGUUCCCCUUAUUUAGGGUUUUCGAUUUUCGGAGCUCGGAUUUUCAAGUUUUGCCGCCAUGGGAAGAAGGUAUUUCUUCCUUUGCUCUUCCCUACAAGCGCACACCACCUACUUGGCUCAAGAUCUCCUCUCAAGAUGUUAGUUUUUUUUUUUGUCUUUUCAUGUUUUUGCAUUGUGGGUGUUUAUGAAAAUGCCUGUAAAUGUGUUUAAUUUUAUUAAUUAUAUUAUAUUGAAUACUAGUACAAGAUCUGAGUGUUUGUAGCUUUUGAAUAAUUCGUAUUGUGGGAUUUUGAUCGUUUAGUUUAUUACAAUGAUUUCAUCUUGAUAUAGAGAUUUUAUAAAUUCGGCGAAUGUAUGACUUGUAUUGUAUGAAUGCACCUCACAAGCCAUCAUUGUGGACUGAGAACUGGACUGCUCAGUUCAGAGUUUUCGGAGAUGUACCUUCUCAUAGGUCAGCUGAGGAUACUGCUUUUGCUGUGGCGCGCUGGUUCUCCGAAAAUGGAAGCCAUUCUAACUAUUACAUGUAUCAUGGCGGCACAAACUAUGGAAGGACUGCUGCCGACUUUACCACCACUCGCUACUAUGAUGAAGCUCCACUUAAUGAAUUUGGCUUAAUAAGGGAGCCCAAAUGGGGAUACUUGAGGGAUCUACACCGUGCUUUAAUGUUGAGCAAGAAGUCUGUUCUCAAUGGGAGAUAUGGUAUUGAGAUAUUCAGCCCAAAUUUGGAGGCACGUUACUACGAGAAGAACAACCUUUGUGCUGCUUUCCUGUGGAAUAACCGCACUCAUACAUUAAACUGUUAAAUUCAGAGGCAAAGAGCACACCCUUCCACCAAAGUCCGUCAGCAUCUUGCCUAAUUGCAAGACUGUUGUGCUCAAUACAGACUCUAUGAUCGCGCAACAUAGUUCAAGGGAGUUUGUUAGAUCCGAGAAAGCUAACAAGGAUUUGAAAUAGGAGAAGACAAAUGAAAUCAUCUCACCUAAAUCUGAUGUCUACUCAAGGGCUCCAAUGGAACAGUUUCAUUACUUUGAUUUCUUAACUUCUGCCCCCAUAUGAUUUUUAGCUGCAAAAAUUUGUUCAGAGCCAUUAGUGAAGAAUGGAAAAGAUGGAGAAGAGUGAGUCUUCUUCCAGCGAUGUUCCACUUUCAAAACCAUGGCAAUCCUAUCACACUGUUUAUACUAACGCCAAAGCUAGUCAUUUUUCUUUCCAUUUUUUUUUAAAAAAAUCUGUAUUUUCUGCAUUUUUAUUAUACUUUACUUAUGCUUCUGCUAAUUUCUUUUUCUCUUUUUUAA